CUUGAAAGGCAAAAAAAAAUUCAUCAAUCUAAAUAUUCUCUCUCUGUCUCUCUCUCCAAACUUCGACACUCCAAGCACACACAAAACACAUCUGGACUCCUAUUAAACGGCCAUUACCAAUAUUGGAAUUGGAAAGCUUAAAUCAUCACCAGUUUUCUUAACACGACAUUCAUAUAGCAGAAUUUCUUUUGAGAUUUUCACUCUCAAGGAUACCCAAAAAAAUGAGUCCCUUAACUCUUAGGUGGACAAAUAGUUUAAGGGAAUUUCACAUCUCAAAAAUUUGCCAACCACUUACGAAUCGCUGCAUGUCUCAUGUCAGUGUGGAAAGUUCAGAACAUGAUCCUCCAUUUCCCCUUCUCGGCCCUCCAGAAAUCUAUCUCUCCUCGCCCUCUUUGAAAAUCAGCUUAUUCAACCAGCUGAAAGGGAAAGGAAACUCGCAUGGUGAUUCAGAGUCCACUUGUUCGGAUCAAAGAACAGAAAGUAUUAGUGACCCUUUCAUGGAUUUGAUGGUGUCUAACUACAAUAACUCUGUCCGUUACUCUGAUGCACCAAAACCGUACAUGGGUUUCACUGAAAAUCACUCGCCUACUUUCGUUUCCAGUGGAAACCCAUGUUUGGAUUUUUUCUUCCAUGUGGUUCCUGAUACACCACCAGACCAGGUCACAAAACGGCUACAAUUGGCUUGGGAUGAAAAUCCUUUGACUGCUCUCAAACUUGUUUGUCACUUGAGAGGUAUUAGGGGGACCGGAAAAGGCGAUAAAGAGGGGUUUUAUGCAGCAGCGUUAUGGCUUUAUGAAAAACACCCGAAAACAUUGGCAUCUAAUGCUACAUCGGUUGCAGAAUUUGGAUAUUUCAAGGACCUGUUGGAAAUACUUUAUCGGCUGCUUGAAGGCCCUGAUGUGAGGAAACAUGAGAAGAGGGAGGUAGAACAAAGGAAGAUGACGCAUGGAAGUGAGUGGUAUUUAGGGAGACUAAAACGAGCGACUGAGGAGAACCGGAUUUAUUCAGGAAAAAAGAGCAUCGAGAGGUACUACAGUGAUCCAGUUUACCGGUUCUUGCAUAACAAGGUGUCACAGGUCUUUGCUGAUGCUCUUAAAAUAGAUUUAGACAAUAUGAAUGCUGGUAAUCUGUACAAUAUCAGUUUUGCUGCUAAGUGGUGUCCCUCUCUCUAUUCGUUCUAUGAUCGAUCAACGCUCAUAUGUGAAAGCAUAGCAAGGAAGCUAUUUCCGCGAGAAGCACAUCCGGAGUACGAUGGAAUUGAAGAUUCUCAUUACGCUUACAGAGUUAGAGACCGCCUACGAAAGGAAGUACUUGCGCCACUGCGAAAAGUGCUAAAGAUACCCGAGGUUUACAUGAGUGCCAAUGAAUGGAGUGAGCUCCCUUAUAGCCGAGUCACCUCAAUUGCCAUGAAAAAUUACAAGGAGUUGUUUUUAAAGCACGAUGAGAGACGGUUUUUAGAGUACCUUGGCAAUGUGAAGCGAGGGAAGGCAAAAAUUGCUGCUGGUGCUUUACUUCCCCAUGAGAUCAUAGCCUCGAUAAAGGAAGGGGAUGGUGGAGAAGUAGCAGAAUUGCAAUGGAAAAGAAUAGUGGAUGACCUAAAGGAAAUCGGUGAACUCAAGAACUGUCUUGCCAUAUGUGAUGUCUCCGGAAGCAUGUAUGGGACUCCUCUAGAAGUAUCUGUUGCGCUAGGGCUACUAGUCUCAGAACUAAGCGAAGAACCAUGGAAAAACAAGCUCAUCACUUUCAGCAGCAAUCCUCAGCUCCAGAUGAUAGAGGGAGAUAGUCUUCGGUCAAAGGUUUAUUCCGUGGAACGGAUGAACUGGCAAAUGAACACAAAUUUUCAGAAGGUGUUUGAUAAAAUCUUAGAAGUUGCUAAGAAGGGGAACCUUAGUGAAGAGAUGAUGAUAAAGAGGCUGUUUGUGUUUAGUGAUAUGGAGUUUGAUGAAGCGUCUCAGAAUCCUUGGGAGACCGAUUAUGAAGCAGUAUGCAGAAAAUUCGACGAGAGUGGGUAUAAAACAGUACCGGAAAUAGUGUUUUGGAACCUUAGAGACUCUGAUGCUACCCCGGUGCCUAGUCAUCAGAAAGGCGUGGCGCUUGUGAGUGGAUUUUCGAAGAAUUUGCUGAAAAUAUUUUUGGAUAAAGGUGGGGAUUUGAACCCUGAAAUUGUCAUGGAAAGGGCUAUAGCUGGUGAGGAGUACAACAAGCUCGUCGUCGUAGAUUGACACGUGUCGGGAACUAUGAUCGUUCUUCUGGUAAAUUGUACUCUGUAGCAUGGUUCAUAAUUGGAGUUAGUCAUGCUACAAACAGAUUUAUUUAACAUCAGUUAUGUUUUAUGAGUACGGUUCUUUGCACUUGUUCUAAAAUGUGAUCCCUGGUUCUUCUACUUU